UAAAUGUCAUAAUCAUCGGUUGCUUAAAUCCAUCAAUCCAAUUUUUUUUCUGUCUUCUUUAAAAAACGACAUUUAACAAAACAAAAUUUUAUAGCUAAAGUUCAUGUCAAAUAACAACAUGUCGGUAAAGGAAUUUUUAAAAGACUUGCCGAGUCAUAAUCAAAGAAAUUUUUCAUUAUUUAAUUCAGAAAACGGAAUCAGAACGUCACUUAAGAGACCCACAGUAUAUAUACCCACAGAGGAUUCACCUUCAGAACAAAUUAUUGUGACAGAAAAAAAAAACAUUUUAUUACGUUAUUUGCACCAACAAUGGGAUAAAAAGAGCAUUCUUAAGAGAAGAGAACAUUCCUCGGACAUAAAUUCAGAUGUGGCUAAUAAUUCACGAAGUAAAAGAAUUCGUUUGGAAAGGGAAACACAAUAGAAAUAUGGAAUUAUUAUAAUCAAAAUCGUGUAAGAUAACUGAAUCAAAUGAGGGAAUGUUAGGUUUGAAUGUUCUGAUUUCUUUUUUUAAAUAAAUUUUUCUUUUGAAAAUUUUCUUUUGCUAAUUAUGUCCUAUAAAAUUAUUUAAUAAAAAUUUGUAAACAAUAACAUAA